ACGGCGUCUAUUAUUGGCACGGUGGUGUGUGUCCUUCGGUCUCGCACUGGAAUCCGACAGCGCGGGCCCGAUCAACCGCGCUAGUGCAUCGCGUGCGUGCGAUCGAGACGCGUCCGCGCCGGCCAAUCGGACGCACGCUUUUCUCGCGCGUCAGCUACAUACAUAAAUAUUCUAGCACGACAAGUAUCUACACGCGCGUUGUUUGCGCGGUUUCUAGGAGAAGCAUGGCACCACGAAGGUCCGCUGCGACGGCGCGCAAGAGCGCGGCAACGAAACCAAAGCCCGCGACGGCGUUCGAGAGGCCCGGCGACCCGAUUGCGGCGGCGCUGCCACCCGUGAGGGCGCAUGCUGCUGGGUACCAUUUCCCGCUGCUUGUUGGUGACGAGGGGGGGCAGGGUGCGCUGCUGGCGUGGUUCCGGGGUGUGGAGGGCGCGCGCACGAUGCCGUGGCGGAAGGCGUGGGUCGAUCCAGAGCCGCAGUCAGAAGGGAUACGAAACACUCUGAAUAAGAGGGCGUAUGAGGUGUGGGUCAGCGAGAUCAUGCUCCAGCAGACGCGCGUUUCGACCGUGAUUCCGUACUUCAACGGCUGGAUCGCGAAGUGGCCCACGGUGCAGGAUCUCGCGCGCGCGGAGCACGAGGAGGUACUGGCUGCGUGGAAGGGCCUGGGGUACUACUCGCGCGCAACGCGGCUGCACGAGGGCGCGAAAGCCGUGGUUGCGAAGCCGGCACAGCGCAUGCCGGACGACGUCUCGGGGUUGCUGGAGCUACCAGGCAUAGGCCAGUAUACCGCAGGCGCCAUCUCGAGCAUUGCGUUUGGACGAGCUGAGCCUGUCUUGGAUGGCAAUGUCGCGCGGGUGCUGAGUCGCCAGCUGGGUCUGUACGUGGACGUCAAGGACAAGAAGGCGUCUGAUGUGCUCUGGAGAGUCGCCGAUCAGCUGAUCAAGGAAGCGUCGAACCAUCCGGAAGUCGAGUUUAGUGCUGUGCCCGGGCAGUGGAAUCAGGCGAUGAUGGAGCUCGGGUCGACGGUCUGCACGCCCCGGCCAAAGUGCGAAGAGUGUCCUAUCCAGAAAACGUGUCGAGCGUUCGGCGAGGGGACGGCGCUGUCCAAGAAGCAGCAGUCUUCGAACGCAGUGCCUGAUAUCGAAGACGCGUGCACGCUGUGUGAACAGCUGGAUCCUGAGGACUUGGCGACAGUGCCCGAGGAGGAGCUUUCUGACGAGGAACAGAAGCCUGUGAAGAAGAGGAAGGCUCCAGCAAAGCAGAAGAACACUCUGUCUAACUACUUCGCAAUCGGUACGCCGAGUGCAAGCUCCAACGUUGACAGUGAAGACGAAGAAACACUCGCUGGGUCGAAGAAGAGAAAAGCGUCUACAAAACCUACCACUUCAAAGUCGGUCAACACAUACUGCUCGCUGUUCCCGAAGAAAGUGGUGAAGAAGAAGGCAAAAGAAGAGGACUGCGCCGUCUGUCUCGUCGAGCUGCGCCUACCAGACAGCGAAAGCAAAUGGCUCAUCGAACAGCGGCCUGCCACCGGGCUCCUUGCAUCACUAUGGCAGUUCCCGCAAGUCACACUGUCAGCACCAGACACCGCAUCAGCGCGCAAAACCUCGGCCCAGCAGUACGUCUCAGGUCUGACUGCCGGCGGCAUCGAUAUGACCGCAGCGCGCCACACGACUAGCUUCGACCCAUUGGUCCAUGUCUUCACGCACCUGAGGCUGACCAUGCACGCCUAUCACUUCCGCAUUACUGAUAAGCCCGACGCAGACGCCCUGCUAUGCAGUGGCGCACCCGCGCGCAAAUGGGUCAACACCAGCGCCAUGGACAACGAGACGCUGUCCACCGGCAUGCGCAAGUGCUGGGCGCUCGUCGCGUCGCGCAGCUGAGGUGUGCGUCGCCUUCGAGAUGGCGAGGUGAUGGCGCCCCGUGUUUCACCCCGCGUCCUUAUCGCUGCCAAGAGAUACACAACGACUCCGCUCCGCCCAUGGUGCCGAACGGGCGAACCAUACACCCCGGACGAUACGUCAGGUCCGUGGAACGAUAAGCCGGCGAGUCGAAUGUCUCGCUAUGCUGCUUGUGGUGUUGUGUU